AUGGGACACGGAUUUGCCGACCUACAACGGCUUUAUCUUGAUGAGCCUAGUGCCGAUGGGUCCUAUCCCUGCAAAGUCAUUCCCACAGCGAAAGUGAAUGGGCUUCACCCGUCAGUCUGCCAGGAGUCACGCAACCUUGCCAAAGAAUCAGGGGGUAUCCUUACGAGAGAUGCCUAUAAGGAUUUAUCAAGCGAUGCUGUUUUUGUCUCUACCACAAGUAAUGGGAUUGCCGACGAUUUCUGGGUAGACACUAAGCGACACUCUGCGCAUCUUAAAUGGACCCCUUAUUACGAAUCAAUUUACCAAAAGAGCUCUGGUAGUGCAUUGGCCUCUCUUGCGUGGAAAAGUCGCCUGGUAAUUAGUCGUCCCUCAAUUAUGAGCGACUGGGUUGCCAUGAUGGUCGACCAGAAAGAAGACAGGUUUGAUGUUUUCGAACAGAUACCAAGCUGCCGCACAAACCGGUUUCUUUGGGCUGCUAGGCGACGCAUUCUUGCAAAUGUAUCCACGUCUGACGAGGAGAAAGCCAAUGCGCUGUACGACUUUGCUGAUGAAUGCGAUCGCAAGGCUUCUUCUGGUGAGGCGACCCAAAGGAAUUCAUCGGAAUCUUCGAAGCAGGAGCUGAAAGACUGUCUUGAGAGGAACAUGACAUUCGAAAAUAUAUCGUUGAAAAUGCAUCUAGCUAUCAUGUUCCGCCUUUGCAUAUCGAAGUGUGAUAGCCGCAACGAGGGUUGA